AUGAAUUUUGCCAACCAACCCGGCAUCGUUCGUCGCAAAAACCCGCAUCAGACCGAGGACUUUGUUUCGCAUCAACAAAAUCAGUUUGUCGAAGAGCCCAAAGUACACGGAAGUAACGUACCCAUCGCUUCUCAAUUCACACAGUUCACGCAGAAUUUCUGGAAUACCGCCCAUGUAGGUGUUUUGAAAUUGUUUUGUUGAAUUUUAGGUGAAAACAUGGUUGGAAGGAAGGGAUUGUUGUCUUAAAAGAAAGAGAAUUAAGUCGUUCUACUAUUUAGAAGGAUAAAAAUGACAGAAAUAGUCAAAGCAUUGUCUACAAUCACGAAACAUGUUGUGUUACCCAUGAGGUCUGAUGGGUUUAGAGAAACGGCUGUAGAAGACAAAAUAUUUGCUCAAAAAUUACGAUUUUUGGCCCAUAGAAUACUGAAACCGUUCUCUUGAAGCUACAUAAGUUUCGUUAACUUUUAUCCAUUCAUUUUGCGACACCAACCUUGUUUAUCUUCACCUUCAAUAUUUGAUAAAAAAAAAUUUUUAAUCCAACAAUUUUUGAAUGUAACCCCCUCAAAAUAGUAAAAAAAAAAAACGCGGACUAAUAAAUUUUCCACCCUCCGCAAGCUGAAACGUAAAAGAUUGAGGUAAAACGAAUGGAGUUUUUCGAGAUUUUUAUCUCACUUUCUCUCAAAAAGGGAAACUAUAAACGUGGAAUUUUGGGAGGAGAUUUCCCCGCAAAUAACGCGUCUUUCUUCGUACACCGCUUUUACGAAAGCUCGAAUUUGAUGUGAAUUUUAUUUUAAUUUUGUUUACAGACUCAUAUCCAGUCGUUGACUGCGGAGCCGGGCCAAUUCCGACAGCCGACACCAGUUCAGGUCGAGGAAGUUGAAGUGAUCCCGAUCGAGUGCGUUGAAGUCAUGCCGCAUACGGAUCGGACGGCGGAAUUCCGCACUGUCGCCAAGAGCCGACAGGUGAGUAAUUUUUUUGGAUUGUGAUUUGAAAAUUUAGGAAUUUUAUAUUACCCAUGAGGUAUUGAAGAGAAUUUUGAAUUUUUGAUGGAUAUUGUUUCAGAUGCGGAUCCAAGCUCAGAACAAGACCUCUGGGGAUCGAGAUCGACUAAUUCAAUCGCAAAUUCAGUUCAAUCAACUGGCAAAGUGAGUCUUUGAACUUUUUUUCUUUGAUUUUUAGGCAGAAGAAAAUGAUCAAAAAAAAUUAUUUGAAAGGUGAUGGUAAAAUGGUCUAGAUAUUUUAUAGAUAAUCGAGCUAUUUUCCUUCAAAAAUCACUAGGAUUUGAACGAAAGCGCAGUAAUUUAUAGGUCUGAUAUUAUAGUAGGUAUCAAGUUAUCGAAUUUUAGCAAAAGUGUUGAGUUUUCAUGAAAUUGGAAAGGAUUUUUAUGUUAGAUAUGUAGUACAUAGUCAACAUGACGCUGUCUAAAAAUUUGAACCCAUUUUGUUCACCCAUCACAAAGAUAUUUACGUUUUUCUCCACCCCUUCCAUCAAUUUUGGAUGUUUAUUACACGUGGACAAAAAUGAACCAAACUGAGGCAUAACCCUUAUUAUUUUGAUAUGAAGAGACGUAAUGGGUUUUCAAUAAAAUAUUUAAAUUCGAUUUGACGUAAUGCUUUCCCGUUUUCAGGCGGAUUGGCCGCGAUCUUUGCCGAACAUGCGCCAAAAUGGAGAAAUUGGCCGAGUUGGCGAAGAAAAAGUCGCUGUUCGACGACAGCGCCACCGAAAUCAACGAACUCUCACAUAUCAUCAAACAGGUAGGGCCAUAAACUUUAUUUUAAUACCAUUUUCGCUUGGAGUUUUGAGAUUUUUCAACCUUUUCCGUCCAUUUUUUCUUCAGGAUAUCCAUGGAUUGAACGGGCAGAUCGCAACCCUCCAACAACUGAUGAAAAGCCGUCAACAGACGGCGGAGCAAAGCCAAAACCACUCCAAAUUGGUUGUGGUGGGGCUGCAGAGCAAAUUGGCCAACUUGGGAAACAAUUUCCAGUCGGUUCAGGAGAUUCGAACUGAAAGUUUGAAGCAAAAAUCCAAGCGAAGAGAGAAGUAUAGCCAGUCCAACAAUGUGUCAUAUGGCCUACCACCCAAUGGAGGUAAAAUUUGGCACGAAGGACGGAAAGGUCCGCUGCGCGGAAAGGUCCGCUGUGCGGAAAGGUCCGCUAAAAAAAAGAAAAGGAGGGCGGGGAGGGGAGGGGGGAGGUUUUCGAAGGCGCUGAUUUCGAAUAUCGUAUCCAUUUUUUCUGAAUCUUACAAUUUUGCUUAGGCAGUAGUGUUAACUAGUAAUUUUUAAAAAAAGACGUAAGUUAUAUUGUACUUGGUGUUUUGAUUUUUAGGUGUGACUAGUCUCGAAAAAAUUUUUUUUUGAAAUGUUUUCGCUUCGAGACUUGAAAAAAAGGAUUUUUUGUGAAAUUUGAAAAAAAAUUGAAAUGUUUUCUCUUCGGGAUUGGGAAAAAAAAAGAAUUUUUUGGAAAAUUCAACAAAAUUUUGAAAUCUUUUCGCAUCGGGAGUAGAAAAAAGGGUGUCUGACUGGAUAUUAACUGUGGUGCCGCCAGCACUAAAAUUUUGUCUAAAACCAAUGGUACCACCUGGUACUUUUUAUAGUACCACGUGUUUUUGGGCUCUACUAGCACCAAACCAUCACCAUUACUGCCUUACGGCCAAAUUUUCACUUCUCACUAAACAGUACCAGUUGGUACUAUAUAGUACCAAGUGUUAAAACGUGUUUUUGGGUUCUACUAAGCACCAAACCAACGCCAUUACCGCCUUACGGCCAAAUUUGCACCUCGUACUAAAUAGUACCAGGUAGUACUAUUUAGUACCAAGUGUUAAAAAUGUGUUUUUUAAGCAGUACUAGGCACCAAAACAACACCAUUAACGUCUAAAAGUGUUAUAAGUCGAAAAAAUUUCAACAAGAAUCCCUAAAGGUAGUAAAGUAACAGAAACCCAGUUUUCAUAUUCAGUCAGUUCAUACUCAGUCAGCUCGAAAAAAUUUCUAAUUUUAUUCAAAUUUCACAAAAAAAUCCUUUUUUCCAAGUCCCGAAGCGAAAACAUUUCAAAUUUUAUUCAAUUUUCACAAAAAAUCCUUUUUUCCCACCCUCUUCUUUUCCUUUUUUUUAGCGGACCAUUCCGCACAGCGGACCUUUCCGUCCAGCGGCCCUUUCCGCACAGCGGACCUUUCCGUACUCAAUCAAAAUUUGGAGCGGUUUUGAGCGAAAAAAGUGAAAUUUUGGAAGCUAGGGCGCAGACUGCCAACUUGAUUUUUGAGAGUUUUUGAGACAAAAGGGGAAUUUUAGUGGUUUAUUACAGGUUUUAGAGCUUACUGAGUAGUUAGGAAGGUUUAUGGAAGGUUUUUUGACCUAAAAAAGUGAAAUUUUGGAAGCUAGGGCGCACCCUGCCAACUUGAUUUUUGAGACAAAAGUGAAAUUUUAGUGGUUUAUUGUAGGUUUUAGAGCCUACUGAGUAAUUAGGAAGGUUUAUGGAAGGGUCUUGACCUAAAAAAGUGAAACUUCUCAAGCUAGGGCGCAGCCUGACAACUUGAUUUUUGAGAUUUUUUGAGAUAAAAUGGAAAUUUUAGUGGUUUAUUGGAGGUUUUAGAGCUUACUGAGUAAUUAGGAACAUUUUUGAGCGGAGUUGGACGAUUGGGGAAACCAAAAAGUAUUAUUUUUCUUCGAUGCAAGUGCCGAAAUUAGGAUAAUCGAGGGUUCUGAUUUCAAAAAUGGCAUUCAUUUUUUUGAUCUUUACUUUUUUCUUUAAGUAGUACUGUAAAGUAGUAAUUUUUUGAUUUUUUUCACAAGUACUCGAUUUGGCGGGUUUCGAUGGUGCUGAUUUCGAAAAUCUUAUUCAUUUUUCUGACAGCACCAUCGAAAACCCCCAAAUCGAGUAUUCAUAAAAAAAAUUACUACUUUAAAGUACUGCUUAAGGAAAAAAAUAAAGAUCAAAAAAAUUGAAUAUCGUUUUUGAAAUCAGCACCCUCGAUUAUCCUAAUUCGGCACUUUCAUCGAAGAAAAUAUUACUUAUUGGUUUCCCAAUCGUCCAGCGCCGCUCAAAAACUUUUCUAAUUACUCAGUAAGCUCUAAAACCUCCAAUAAACCACUAAAAUUCCCUUUUUAUCCCAAAAAAUCUCAAAAAUCAAGUUGGCAGGCUGCGCCCUUGCUUGCAAAAUUUCACUUUUUUCGGUCAAAACCCUUCCAUAAACCUUCCUAAUUACUCAGUAAGCUCUAAAACCUCCAAUAAACCACUAAAAUUCCCCUUUUUAUCCCAAAAAAUCUCAAAAAUCAGGUUGGCAGUCUGCGCCCUAGCUUGCAAAAUUUCACCUUUUUUCGCUCAUAACUCCUCCAAAUCAAAAAUUAUAUUACUUUAGGCUCAUCCUUGCUAAUGGAAGACGAACAACGAGCGCAAGGAGGCCCGGUAUCGGUGGAUAUGGAGAGAAUACAGGCGCAAGAUCAAAUGCUCCUCAUUGAUGAGUCGGAGCAGUACCAUCAAUCGAGGUACAACGCAAUGGAAAGCAUUGAGUCCUCGAUAACGGAAAUUGGGCAAAUUUUCAAUCAAUUAAGUCAGCUGGUAGCGGAACAAGGCGAAACUAUCAUACGGUAAGGAGUGAAGAGGCAUUUGCAGGACGAAAAAGGAGGUUUUGGGCCUUUUUUCUUGACUUUUCUUGAGUUUGAAUCAGUUUUUGACCUAAAAUAAGGUCGAAAAGUCAAGAAAGUUGGAUUUUGUGGGGUUGAAUUGUAAGAUAUAGAUUGGAUUUGUUUCAGAAUUGACGACAAUGUGGAACAGGCCACCCUGAACGUGGAAGGCGCCCACUUGGAGCUCCUCAGGUACUUCAAUAACAUCUCCAAGAACAGAUGGCUCAUGCUCAAAGUAUUCGGCGUCCUGAUGGCCUUUUUUGUCUUCUUUGUGGUCUUUUUAACAUAA